GUGUCCCCGUCGUCUUUCUUCCGGUAUCGAGGAAGGAGGAAAUCUCAUCUUCAUCUUCAUCUUUCCCUCCUUCUAGUCAUGGGACUCGUCGCCAGAUCCGCAGGCGACUGUGACGGGACGGAGACGUUCGAGAAGGUGUCGAACAUGAUCCUGGAAGCCGCGACCCCCAUCCCGCUCUACAGCAGCACCGGCAACACGGUCACCGCCGAGUGCAACAACAGGUGUCGAUCGUCGAACAACUGCCCCGCGUUCCUGGUCAACUACGACCAGGAGGCCUGCUUCAAACUGGACAUGAACUCCGAGGGGCAGCGGGACGAGCUCAAGCCGGCCCCGGCCCGGGUCAACUACUUCGAGAAGGUCUGCCUGCAA